ACGUUCGCGGCUCCGGUAAACGUAGCUCGUGGCCGAUGUAGCCUCACCGGAGGCCGGUUAGCUGCACCUGUCCGGCAGUGUCCACCACGAUAUAACAGUUGGUACUAAGAGAGGAUCUGACGAGCUUUUCUCCAGCGUCUCCAUUGGUCCAUAUAUCAUGAGCAACACAGCCAAUGGCAACGACAGCAAGAAGUUCAAAGGUGACCUCAGAGGUCCUGUUGUCCCGUCCAGGGUCCUUCACAUCCGCAGGCUCCCCAACGACAUCACCGAGGGUGAGGUCAUCAGCCUGGGCCUGCCUUUCGGUGACAUCACCAACUUGCUGAUGCUCAAAGCCAAGAACCAGGCCUUCCUGGAGAUGGGUUCGGAGGAUGUGGCUCAGAACAUGGUGGGUUAUUAUUCCACCGUGAUGCCCAUCAUCCGGAACCAGCCGGUCUACGUCCAGUUCUCCAACUACAAGGAGCUGAAGACGGAUAACUCUCCCAACCAGGAGCGGGCACAGGCGGCUCUUCGCGCCCUCGGUUCGUCUCACAUGGACGCGGCGGUGGCUGUGGCGGCGCCCAGCGCGGUUCUGAGGGUGGUGGUGGAGAACCUGGUCUACCCCGUUGGCCUGGACGCCCUCUGCCAGAUCUUCUCGAAGUUCGGCACCGUGUUGAGGAUCAUCGUCUUCACUAAGAACAGUCAGUUCCAGGCUCUGCUGCAGUAUCAGGACGGAGCGUCGGCCCAGGGAGCUAAACUGUCUCUGGAUGGACAGAACAUCUACAACGGCUGCUGCACCCUGAGGAUCAACUUCUCCAAACUCACCAGCCUCAACGUCAAGUACAACAACGAGAAGAGCCGAGACUUCACCAGACCUGACCUGCCCACCGGGGACAGCAUGGAGCACCCACACAUGGCCUUCACUCCAGGGAUCAUCUCAGCUGCUCCGUAUCCUGGAGCGACUCACUUCCCUCCGACCUUCACCCUCCAACCUGCAGUCUCCUCCCACUAUCCAGGCCUGACGGUCCCGUCGCUGCCCGGAGCCCUGACCUCUCUGACCCUGUCAGGGGCCUCGAGGCUCGGUUUCCCCCCGAUGUCUGCAGGUCACAGUGUCCUGCUGGUCAGCAACCUGAACCCUGAGAGAGUCACACCACACUGCCUCUUUGUUCUCUUCGGUGUUUAUGGUGAUGUGAUGAGAGUGAAGAUCCUGUUCAAUAAGAAGGAAAACUCUCUGGUCCAGAUGUCCGACAGCACACAGGCUCAGCUCGCUAUGAGUCACCUGAACGGCCAGCGGCUGCACGGGAAGCCUCUGCGCAUCACGCUGUCCAAACACGCCAACGUCCAGCUUCCCCGUGAAGGGCACGAGGACCAGGGCCUGACCAAAGACUUCAGCAACUCCCCCCUGCACCGCUUCAAGAAGCCUGGCUCCAAAAACUACUCCAACAUCUUCCCACCUUCUGCCACCCUCCACCUCUCCAACAUCCCCCCGUCUGUAGUCGAAGAUGACCUCAAGAUGCUGUUCUCCAGCUCAGGAUCCCUGGUCCAGGCCUUCAAGUUCUUCCAGAAGGACCAUAAGAUGGCUCUGAUCCAGAUGGGCUCCGUGGAGGAGGCCAUUGAGUCACUGAUCGAGUUCCACAACCACGACCUGGGAGAGAAUCACCACCUCCGAGUCUCCUUCUCAAAGUCGUCCAUCUGAGCCUCGGACUUCACCGUCUGGGUCGGACCUGAUGAAGUCCACUACACUCCGAUCAUUCCAACACAAGUCUGCUCAAACCACCGUGGACUCUGGUGUGAUGUUAAAUUAUUUUCAGGUUCUUUGCCUUCAAAGAGGAUCAGGGUCUCUGGAGAACCAACGACAGUUCUGAGAUCAGGACUCUUCUCGCCUUGUUGUGAACUUGUUACCUGUAGCCACUCUUGCCUUUUGACCUUACUCUCAGAAUUUGGGAUUAAAGUCGGGAUUAAUUUAUUUCUCCAGAAUUUAGAUUUAGAUUCUUUGAAUUUGGACAGAAUUCUGCCUCUGAUCUCAGUCCAGGUUCCGUGGCCCUGCUCCUCUUCGGUGGUUUACCCCUUCGACCAACACUUGUGUCUUUAACGUACCGGGUUGAUCUGAGACCAGGCCUCGAACUCCAGACGACCCCUGUGCCUUAUUCACAGUGAUCUCCCAUCAUGCCUCUGUAGAUCGACCAAGAGCAGGUUUACUGUUGCUGUAUUACACAUGUAUCCAUAUGUAGGUGUAUUUUACUGGUGUUGUUUUUGUACUGUAGCGGUUUGUUGGGUUUUUAGACUGAGAUGAAAUUCUUUUCUUUUCCUUUUUGAUUUCUUUAUUUCCACGUAUGCAAUCAUGUUUUAUUCAGAUGAGAUAUUGUAGCGACAUGUUUAAUCAUUCCUGAGUUUGUUCUGGGUGUCGGUAGAUCGGAGGCUCUUCUCUCCGCUCCGUGGCCUUUGACCUUGUUUUCUCUUUCUCGUGUUCCGUUGGUUUGUGAGUUGCGACGUUGCCUCGUCUCGUCUGUUGCGACGUUGCCUCGUCUCGUCUGUUGCGACGUUGCCUCGUCUCGUCUGUUGCGACGUUGCGUGGCCUCUGAACGGUUUUAUUUAUACGUUUGUGAUCCACUACAGCUGAAACCAAAUACUCCUGUAGAUGUAAACUGACUCGCCACCUCAGGUUCAUGGUUUAAUAAAGGUUUCAUCCGUC